CGAACGGAUCCGGCGGGAGGAGCUCGCUGUCGCCUCCCAGCGCUCACCGGAGGAGCGGCCGUCGGCGGGGGCGGGAGGGCGGCGGGGAACUGCCCCCGCCCGCCUCCCCUCACGCGCUGCACACGGCGCGCGCGGAAGCCUCUGCGGCGGCACGCGCCCCGCGAGCGGCUGCGCGCGAACUGCCACGCGGGAGGAGCUAUAUUUGUUAAGUCCAAGGGUGAGAAGAGAUCCAAUUGCAUUCCACAUGAAGCAAAGCAGUUUCAAAGGGACCAUUUCCUAAUAAAUAUAAAGAUGAUGGGCUAUCAAAUUCAGCAAAUAGCUGUCAGAAUUCUGCCUUUAAGACACCAGAGAACUACAUAAUUGUACACCAUCCUGCUCUUUUGCAUGAGCUUAUUUGGAGAACAAACAACUGACGGAGGGAAGAAAGAACAGCGCGCAGAGGCCCGGCCCGACUGCGCAUGCGCGGAUCCCCGGGGCGCGCCCGCUCGAUGUGUCGGGCUGCGACUGCCGCUGUCUGACCGCCCCAGGCCGGAGCGAGCGCUGCCGGAGCGCGGCCCCCUCGCUGCCCCUCAGCCCGCGUCGCUGCCGGCACAGGAAGCAUGUUCCGCAACCAGUACGAUAACGACGUGACGGUGUGGAGCCCCCAGGGGCGGAUUCAUCAAAUAGAAUAUGCCAUGGAAGCUGUGAAGCAAGGCUCAGCCACUGUGGGGCUGAAGUCGAAAACACACGCUGUUCUGGUUGCUCUAAAGCGAGCACAGUCUGAGCUGGCAGCUCAUCAGAAAAAGAUCCUGUACGUUGACAACCAUAUCGGUAUCUCAAUUGCUGGACUUACAGCUGAUGCAAGACUCUUGUGCAAUUUCAUGCGUCAGGAGUGCCUGGAUUCUAGAUUUGUGUUUGAUAGACCUCUUCCAGUAUCUCGUUUGGUGUCACUAAUCGGAAGCAAAACGCAGAUACCAACGCAGCGCUAUGGCAGAAGACCAUAUGGUGUAGGACUGCUCAUUGCAGGUUAUGAUGAUAUGGGCCCUCACAUCUUCCAAACUUGUCCCUCAGCAAACUAUUUUGACUGUAAAGCAAUGUCCAUUGGUGCUCGUUCGCAAUCAGCACGAACUUACUUGGAAAGACACAUGACUGAAUUUACUGAUUGUAAUCUAAACGAGCUAGUUAAACAUGGACUGCGUGCCCUGAGAGAGACUCUUCCUGCUGAACAGGAUCUGACCACCAAGAAUGUUUCCAUCGGGAUUGUUGGCAAAGACAUGGAGUUCACAAUCUAUGACGACGAUGACGUAGCACCGUUCCUAGAAGGCCUUGAGGAGAGACCGCAGAGAAAGCCUGCUCUGCCUGCUGAUGAGCCUGCAGAGAAGGCAGAAGAGCCCAUGGAGCACUAAUUGGUGGACGGGUUCCUCUCUGCUACCAUACGUGUUGCUGUACCGGAGCUUUUAUCCACCAGUGGUAACUUUAUCCUCACCUGUAUGCCUCUUAUGCUGAUACGUUCUGAGGAUUGCUUUUAAAAAUGAAAUAAACCGACUCACCUAUCCUUAAGGAGGUCAGCAGU